AUGCCUCCCAAGUUCGAUCCCAGCGAGGUCAAGGUCAUCCACCUCCGUGCCACCGGUGGUGAGGUUGGUGCCUCUUCGGCCCUUGCUCCCAAGAUUGGUCCUCUUGGUCUGUCGCCCAAGAAGGUCGGUGAAGAUAUCGCCAAGGCCACUGGUGACUGGAAAGGUCUCCGUGUCACCGUCAAGUUGACCAUCCAGAACCGUCAGGCUGCCGUCUCUGUCGUGCCCACUGCCUCCUCUCUCAUCAUCAAGGCCCUCAAGGAGCCCCCGCGUGACCGCAAGAAGGAGAAGAACAUCAAGCACAACAAGUCCGUCAGCCUCGAUGAGAUCAUUGAGAUUGCCCGCACCAUGCGCUUCAAGUCUUUCGCCAAGGAGCUGAAGGGAACCGUCAGGGAGAUGCUGGGAACUGCUCAGAGUGUUGGCUGCCAGGUCGAUGGAAAGACCCCCCAGGCUAUCCUGGAGGCCAUCGAGAACGGCGAGAUUGAUAUCCCCGAGGAGUAG